UUUUUUCUUUUUUUGUUUUCCCCUCUUUUCCCUCCUGUCGUUUUUUUCUCUGCCCCCCAUCGGUCUCCCAUGCCCUCCAUCCUCUCCCCUUCUCCCUUUUUUUUCCUUAUUUGUUCAUCUCACCCCAAAGCCAGAGGGAGGAAGAAGUGAAAGUGCUGGCAGGAGGAGAUUCGAGCUCUGGGGAGGUGUGAUGGACAAUCCGUCCAUAUUCACCCAGGUCAGCCGAGAAGAUGUGAACUCUCCCUUGCAAGAGAAAGGUGCUCAGAACUCCUCUAGCAAGAAACCCAGGAGCCGCAGCAUCUUCCACUCGCUCUUCUGCUGCCUGUGUCACGAAGAUGCCGAGCCGCUACCGGUCAACAAUAACGCCCCCCUCGUGGCGGAGGAGAACGGCUCGCUCCCAAAGGCGUCUGUUAAGUAUCUUCUCUCGGAGGUGAAACCGCGGGACGCGGGGAAGAUCUGUGUGGUCAUCGACUUGGAUGAAACUUUAGUACAUAGCUCGUUCAAGCCGGUUAACAACGCCGACUUCAUCAUUCCUGUAGAGAUCGAGGGAACUGUUCAUCAGGUGUAUGUGUUAAAGAGACCCCACGUGGAUGAGUUCCUCAGGCGGAUGGGAGAGAUGUUCGAGUGCGUGCUGUUCACGGCCAGCCUCGCCAAGUACGCGGACCCCGUGGCUGACCUCUUGGAUAAAUGGGGAGCCUUCAGGGCGCGACUUUUCCGAGAGUCCUGCGCCUUCCAUCGGGGGAACUACGUGAAGGACCUGAGCCGGCUGGGGCGAGACCUCAACAAACUCAUAAUCAUCGACAAUUCCCCGGCGUCCUACAUCUUCCACCCGGACAACGCCGUGCCGGUGGCUUCGUGGUUUGACGACAUGACGGACACCGAGCUCCUAGACCUUCUCCCCUUCUUCGAGAGACUCAGUCGCGCCGACGACGUGUACAGCGUUCUAAAGCAGCGCAGGACCGCCAGCUAAUGAUUGGAGGGG